AUUCGCAUACCAUUUGCGUCGGAGAGGCACGCAGCGAUCGCAAAGCAGGUUAUAGAAGUAGACAAAGAGCUGCAACCGCAAGAUGUUAAGCGAGAUCUUUCUGUUGAUGGUGGCACUUUGAUUGCUACCUUCUCAACAUUGACAGUCAGGCUCAGCCGUCUGACGGUGAACGCGUUUCUCGAAAAUGUCGACCUGGUGGUGCGAACAAUAGGCGAGUUCGGGGAAAACGCGGAGAAUGGUGCAGCGUCGUAA